CUCGUAUUGAGCUAGCGCGAGGCUGUGUACAUAGCUUUAAAAGAGGAGAGAAGCGAGAACGUAGGACUGCAUACAGGCAAACAAGACAGGAGCUGGGAAUAAACGUGUGCAAAAAGAUAAAGGCUCGAGUGAGUAGAGUUUGCCUCGCGUAGCUCGAGUGAGUAAAGUCUGUGCAUUGCUGCAAUGGCCAAAGGCGACCCCAGGAAGCCCAAGGGCAAGAUGUCUGCUUAUGCCUACUUUGUCCAGACGUGCCGUGAGGAGCACAAGAAGAAGAGCCCAGAAAUCCCAGUGAAUUUUGCAGAAUUCUCCAAAAAGUGCUCGGGCAGGUGGAAGACGAUGUCCGGGAAGGAGAAGGCUAAGUUUGAAGAAAUGGCCAAGCAGGACAAGGUUCGCUAUGAUCAGGAGAUGAUGCACUACAUGCCUGGCAAGAAGGGCAAGAAGAAGGACCCUGACGCACCAAAGAGGCCACCAUCUGGCUUCUUCAUAUUUUGCUCUGAGCAGCGGCCUAAGAUCAAGGCACAAAACCCCAGCCUGGGCAUCGGAGACGUGGCCAAGAAGCUGGGAGAGAUGUGGAACAAUCUGAGCGACAGCAAUAAGCAGCCCUACCUGAUGAAGGCCAACAAGCUGAAGGACAAAUACAAGAAGGACAUGAGAGACUACAAAUCAAAGGGUAAAGUUGGUGGCAUGGGAAUGGCCCCUAAACCCAUGAUGAAGGCUGUAGAAGAGGAGGAUGAAGAUGAUGAGGAAGAUGAAGAGGAAGAAGAGGAGGAGGAAGAUGAAGAGGAAGAUGAUGAAUAGGUUUUUUUUCUUCCUUUUGUGUGUGAAGUUAGUGUUUUCUUUACAGAUGGAUUGCAGGAGGGUCAGGGAAACACUCAUUUUUUUUCUGUUUUGUUAGAGUUCUCAUUUUGUCUUGUCCAAUGCCUUUGUCAUUAAAUUUGUGCACCUGGUGCAACUGCUCUGAGUUCUCUGUGUACUGUGACCAGUUUUGAGGAGAAAAGACUGCAGCUGUGAGAACUCAAAGGCAACCCUUACACUAUACUGUGUGUAUGAGUGUGUGCAUGUGGGCACGCACGCGCGUGUGUGUGUGUGUGUGCGCACGCGCUGAUUGUCUGCCAUGUGUCUGCUCACAAUCGACGGUCCAGUGUGUUCCUGAUCCCUGCAUUUCCUCACUGGCUGUGUAACCGGAAGCAUUUAAACAAGUGGUAGCAUUGCAGUAUAUAUAUACAUAUAUAAUUUUUUUAAAGAAAUAUGUAAGGUGAUGUGUAACUGUAUAUGGUUGACUUAGAUUUUUGUUUUUUUUUUUUGUUUUUUUUGUUUUUUUUCUCGUGAGAUGAAAUUGCACAUAUCUUGGUUGUAGGUGUGUGAGUGCAGGGCACCAGUGUUGUAGCUAGCUCAAUUAAUUAAUACACCACAGAGGCAGACACUGACUUGUGUGUGACAUGGCUGGGAUUGGUCAAGAGGUGUCAUUACCACUACUUUGCAUAUCCCCAGAUCAAAUCAUCUCUCUGUAUAUAGUGCCCUUGUGUCCCAUUGAAUUCUGGGUACAGAGAGAAUGCCAGUGGUGUUAGUUUUUUUUUUUUUACUAAGUGCAUUUUUAUUUUAACUGUUGUGAAGUCCUUAUUUUUAUGAGAAAUUGAAAGUGCAACUGUUAACUCUGUACUUUUGCACACAUUUUUUUAAUGUUUAGAAUGCUGUUGGCAAUUUAAAAAUACAUUUUUAUAUAUGUGUAAUUUUAUUUAACUCCUUCUCUCUGAACCCCUCCCUUAACCAAAUUUCAAAGCCACUUUGAAAUAUUGUCUUGGGUUGUUGUUUCCUGAGUUGUCUAAAUAUGAACAAAUGGGAUUUACA